UGUUUUUCUAGAAGUAUCGAACCGAAGCAAAUUGCAUUUAGCUUUGUGUAAAACGUUGUAGUGUAAAAUAAACUGGAAGUCUGAAUUGAGCAGAAAGCAAGUUAAAAACGAGUGAGUUAAAUCGAAAAUCCUUCGAAACUUGAGUGCAGAACAAUACAAACGACUGCUAAAAUGUCUGUCGAGGAAGGAAAGUUUGACCCGGUGCUGUUCUCGUUGGCAGAACAACAUACUGGUGGUGUCCCAGAGUUGCUGGCAACGAUUGCAGGAUUUUUAAAUCGUAAAACGGAUUUUUUCGUUGGUGGCGAAGAUGGUGAGUGGGAAAAGCUUGUGCUGAAAAUCUUUCGCCAGGAAGCCGAGCUGGCACAGGAAGUUGCCAGGAAGAAGCGCGAGGAACGUGAGGUAGCGGAAAGGAGACGGGCCGAGGCUCGCCGGAAAAGGGAAGAGAAGGAAGAAAUGGAACAGGAACAAGCGGCGCAGCAGUCGGCGGCUAUAACGGAGUUGACCGACGCAGAAGCGGAGGAUAUGAUGAAGGAAAUCAAAGACGAAAAAGAGGGCAAUGUCGAGAAAGCUGAAGAAAAAAAUGAAAAACCAGCUGAAUCCGAGGGGGCCGACGACGACGACGAAGAGCCCGAGGAUAAGGGUAAGCUUAAACCGAAUCGAGGUAAUGGCUGCGAUUUGGAAAAUUACAAAUGGACGCAAACAUUGCACGAAAUUGAAUUACGUGUGCCAUUUAAUGUAAAGUUCACACUGAAGGCAAAGGACGUUCAGGUUAGUAUUCAGCGUAAAACGUUGAAAGUAGGUCUCAAAGGACACCCUCCGGUGAUUGAUGGAGAAAUGUAUGGGGAGGUUAAAGUGGAAGAAUCACUAUGGCAUUUGGACAAGAAUACCGUUGUUGUUACACUGGACAAGGUUAAAGAGAUGGGAUGGUGGGAUAAGCUUGUCAAAACGGAUCCUCCUAUUAACACCAGAAAGAUUAACCCAGAAUCGUCCAAGCUGUCGGAUUUAGAUGAUUCCACUCGUGGAAUGGUGGAAAAGAUGAUGUUUGACCAGCGACAGAAGGAAAGGGGACUGCCGACUAGUGACGAGCAGAAGAAACAGGAUUUGUUGCAGAAGUUCAUGACGCAACAUCCGGAAAUGGAUUUCUCUAAAUGCAAAUUCACCUAGACUUGUGUGAUGAUGUAAGGAUACCUAUGCAUAAAUAAGUCGUGUUCUAGUUCUAACGCAUAAUAAUCGUAAUAGUGAUAAGAUUCUCAUACUUUCUGCUGAUAUGUUCAUUGAAUUGAAUUAUUAUCAAUUCAGAGGUUUAACAUUGGUGUAAAAUUCGUUCGCCUCUGCUGCUGACAUUCAAUUGAAAUUAUGAUAAAUAAAUAAUAGUAGCAAGACCAA